GGACCAUCCCGCUGCAGACCCUGAGCUGCCACAAUGACUACACCAGCCACAUCGUCUGCAGGUGGGCGGACACGCAGGACGCCCAGCGGUUCAUCAACGUGACUCUGCACCGCAGGCUGAAUGAGGAGCCCCCGCAGCCAGUGGCCUGCCAUCUCAGUGAUGACACGUCCUUGUCAGACCACAUUUAUCCCAGCUCUGUGCCCAGAAGAUGCGUCAUUCCCUACGACCUUUUCGUCCUUGCUGACAGAGACUACUUCUCAUUCCGACCAGACAGGCCUCUGGGUGCCCAGCUCAACAUCAAUCUGGCCCAGCAUGGGGACGAGGCCCAGCCCCGGGACCUCCAGUGCUUCUUCGACGGGGCCGCCGCGCUCAGCUGCUCCUGGGAAGUGAGGACCGAGGUGGCCAGCUCGGUCUCCUUCGCCCUCUUCUACAGGUCCAGCCCUGACGCGGGGGAGAAGCAGUGCUCCCCAGUGCUGCAGGACCAGCCCGGCAGCCCCUACAUCCUGCACCGAUGCCAGAUCCCCGUGCCCGACCCCAGGACCCACAGCCGGUACCUCGUCUCUGUUCGGCCAAAGGAGGAAGAGAAAUUUAUCAAGAGCUCAGAGAACAUCCAGAUGCCUCCCCCGAAACUCAAUGUGACCAGGAGCACAGACGGCUAUGUCCUGCUCUGGAAAGCGGAGGAAAUGAUGUACAAACACAUAGGCCACACCUUCCAGGUCCAGUACAAGAAAGACACAGCCUCAUGGGAGGACAGCAAGACAGAGUCGCUCCAGAAUGCCCACAGCAUGUCCCUGCCACGGCUGGAGCCCUCCACCAAGUACCAGGCGAGAGUGAGGGUCAAGCCCGCCCCCGGGGGCUACAACGGGGUCUGGAGCGAGUGGAGUGAGGAGCGUUCCUGGGGCACUGAGUGGGAGCUGUCCGUGUGGGUCCUGGCGCUCAUCAUGGUCUUCGCCACCCUCGUCUUGCUCCCAGCCCUGCGCUUCUGCGGCGUCUAUGGCUACAGGCUGAACCGGAAGUGGGAGGAGAAAAUCCCCAACCCCAGCAAGAGCCACCUGUUCCAGAACGGGAGUGCCGGGCUGCGUCUCCCAGACAGCACGUGGACCCUCAGCAGCAGGAGCUCCCCACCCCAGGGGCCGUGGGGCGGCCGCUUCCCUGAGCUGGAGAGGGUGUCCCCCAUAGACUGUGGGCACAGCGAGGUGUCACCUGUCACCACAAAGGACCCUAAAGAUGCCCAGGACUCACCAUCUGAGCCUGACACGACUCUCGCCCCCUCAGACCUGCCAGCCGAACGGCCCCGCAGCCCCCAGCCGGGCCUGGCUGCCCCCUCGGGCAGGCCUGAGAGCCAGGUUUCUGGCUUCGACUUCAGUGUUCCCUACCUGGGGCCACCCCACAGCCGCUCCCUGCCUGACAUGAUGGGCCUGCUGGUGGCCCCACAGAUGGACAUGGGCCAGAAGCCGCUGCCUUCAGGGUCCCUGGAGUACCUGUGUCUGCCGGCAGGCGGGCAGGUGCAGCUGGUCCCGCUGUCCCAGGCGAUGGGACAGGGCCGGGCCCAGGAUUUGGAGAAGAAGCCCAGCCCUGGGGCUGAGGGGAGCCCCUCCCUGGAGUCCGGGGCAGACCCCGUCCCUCCCGCACCUGGGCUGAUGGUGGGCGGUCAGGGUCCAAAGGACAGCCCCGCAGCUCUGCCCACUGCC